CUGGCACUCAGCGUCGUUCACUCAGUGCCAUGAAACAAGGGGCGAGGAGGACCACACGAAAGCACGGCCACAAAUGAACACUAGUGGGGACUAAACCACGUGCCAAGUGGAUAACUGUAGGAUUCUGGGAGUUUUCACAAAAGUAAGGACAACAUGAGUGGACAGUGGAGAUAAUGGAGCUCUAGUAGUCUGGGUGGAAGGACUGUUCAAGGCUGGAAACGAUUUCUGGGUGAAUCAAGAGGAAAGCUGUGCAAAAUACAGAAGAAAGCAGAUUACUAAAAGCACAAGGAGCCCCAAAAUAACUGAGAGCUAAAGCAAACCUAAAUCACUCAGAGAACAUCAUUUCCUGCCUGCUUCUUCUCUUUCUACUGUCUUGAUUGUUUCUACAAGAACAGACGGCAUUUUGGCACCAGCCCGGGCAGAACUCCCAUCACAUUGAUACACCUUCGCUACGAUCAUGACAAUGGCUGCCCUCAAUACAACCGUGAUAUCACCAUUCGAAAACAGCACCACGUUCUCGGACUUAAACACGACAGACAGCACAGGUGCUGCAAACUCCACUCAGCCAACCCUCGGCCCCAUCUGGGGCUGCAUCCCGGCGGAGGUGGCGUUCGUGGUGGUGGCCUCUGUCGGCACUCUAGUGGUGUUACUUCUGGCCUCUGUCCUGGUGCUGGCGUGUCAGGUGUGCCGCCUGCAGCGCUAUCAGCACGCCGGCCGACACACCCGGAGCAAUGUGGACCUGGUGAGCGGAUCUGGGUACUGGGGAGCAGGGGCCCGGGCUGAGGGAGGGGGGCUCGUGGGGCCGUGUGAUGCCAGCGUCAUGCUGGAGGAGGUCAAGGCACAGGAGGAGCUAGCGGGCAAUAGGGAAGACGAGGAGGACGAAAGUGAAGAGGGGAGCGAGGUCGUGGUCACGGAGGACAGCAGGGCUAGGGCAGGGAUCACCGUGGCACCGGUGGGAGAGCUGGUCGCACUAGGGGAGGCAGACACCAUCCUGCCCCCACCGCCACCGCCACCGAUGCCAGGCUCCACUUCCAGGGAUUCCUGCCUGGAGAUGGGGAAGGAUAUGGAGGAUAUGCCACUGGUGGUGUGACAUCAACACAAUCUUGAAAAGGGGGGAUUAUCAGAGCCCCUAGUUUGAAGACAAAUGGCCACACGCCAGUUGCCAGUUGAGUAUAAGGAAGUCUUUAUUUUGAAUAUACUUGCCACAUACUGCAGAAGGGAAAAUGUCUAAGACACAUCUCCAACAUGGAAUACUGUAUGUUUGCUACUGCCUAAGGAUUAAUUGGACUCUGAACUUUCAAUACAAUACAAUUUCAAUAUACCUAUUUUCUCAAAAUGAUAUGUUUCCACAAUUCACGUAAAAUAAUAUUACUAGAUAUAUACAUAUAUACACAACUAGAGGGUCAUGCUUGUGCAAAACUAUUUGAAUGUUGGUAUUUAAACCAUGACUCCAGAAAUAACAUAACCCUAAUCAAUAAGGGGGAAAUGCAGGUAGAGAAAAGUGCAUCUAUAUCACAUGAAUAACUCUUCACACUGAGGUAACCCAUGUGUACAUGUUUAUGGGGGGUAUCCAUAACAAAAUAUUUGAAACAACACUUAACAAAUAAACUAACAGUCUACUGUGGAAUGGCAUGAUGGCUGUUAUCUGAAAUAUGAGCAAACAGUUAUUUGUUCUCUCUGUAACCUUUUGUGAGUUCCAAAUGAAAUAAAAGUCCUGCAGACAAACACCACUUCUGUCUUUUUUGAUAUAUGAAACGGCCACACCACCAUAAAACACUUCAUGGAUCUGUUCAAUGCAACUUCUCUAUCAUAUACCCACAGUACCUUACUGUAAAAGGAUAUCUAUGCACAAUGUCCUUUUUUAAAGAUCAGAAGUGACUGUCAAGGGGUAUAACAACACAUAGCGGGAUAAUAUAUCAUAUCACUUAUCCUGCUGACAGGGGCAAUUGAUACUGUUGAGGAAGUAACAUGUCAACAGAGAGCAAAGACUGCAACCAGAUGAAAGAUAAUUUUGUUCGCUUUUUGGAAGAUAAAUUUAACUGAAAUGAGAGGAAGGUUUCACUGCAUUUCCUGUCACUUCAUGAAGCAACUGACUUGAGUUCCGUUUUCCACACAGCACACUCUCUUGACAAGGUUCGCCACAGCUAGGCAUUUAUCAGAGCUGAACUAGAGUAUGUUUUCAAGACGUACCCAAGUUAGAUAAUCAGCCAUAAAAUCACCAACGUGGACAGAUGAUUCCUGGUCAGAAACGGAAGACUUCUCCAAAGACGUGUAUUUCGAGUGUGAGCAGAAUGGGUCAGAUUCUUAAUCUUCUGCUGCUUUUGGUUGCCUUUUCACCGCUGGAGCUGAACGGGGCUGCGGUGACUCACCAGAUCACACCUUCACAUCCUGAGAGCACAUCCGUGCACAUAGGGAAGGAAGCCACCACCGUCGCUACAAUCAAGCAAAGCCGCUUUGCUGAAACAAGCCAGGAGCCGAAUACUUUUGCUGUUGCAACAACUGAUGAGGCAAAAACUGCUACGUACACUGUCAUGCAUCGCAACAGGCAAGAAACUCCAACAGAACCAAUAUCCAAAUCAAUGAAUCCAACAAUUCCAAGGACCAGUCCUCCAUUGCUCCUACAAACAGAGUCAAAUACAGAGAAUCCAAAGUCAACUUCUGAGAUUGAAAUGAACACAAAUCAAACUGUAGUUCUAGAUGGCACAGUCAGUACGGAUCCGCGAGUGUUGAACACAACUAUAAGCCAGCCGACUCCGACAGCCGAGAUGUCAUCCACACAUAGAUUCUCCACCUACGCUACGUCAGAGAAUCCAAAACCAACCACUGCUUCCACUUUGGGUCAUGUGAGUACCACGCUGAAAAGCACUAUGAAGAUCACCACAAGGAAAACUGCUCCCCCCGUUAAACCCAAAACUACCCCAGCAAAAGACCAGCCAUCGGAGACGCAUGGGAUAGUUGCAGCGGUCCUGAUUAGCCUUAUUUUCCUAAUGAUGUUUGCAGGCAUCUUUUUCAUCAUGGUAAAAAAACGCAUAUGGAGGAGGCGGCAGCUGGAGAACUCAGAGUGGGCAGGCCCAAGCCCUUUCCUUGAUGGAAGCACCCAGCCUCAUUUCAGCGGGGACAGGGAUUCCACCAAACCGGAGUCCAAGAGAAUCUCUAUCGUUGGGUUCCUUCCUAGGCAUGACUCGAAGAGUGGUUCUCUGCUCGAUGAUACGGACGAGGGCCUUGACAUGGAUGUUCUGGCAGGUACCACAUUUGGACAGAGCAGCGCCGUUGAAACCAAACCAGUGAAUGGAACUUUUCAAGAGAAAAAAGAGGACGCUGAAAAUGAGCAGGACCAUAAGAGCGCCCAGUCUGCCUCAGACACUCUCCAAAUGACAGCUGAUGUGUCUAACCCAAGUCCCAAUCCAGAAUCUGCACUCAUUAAGGAGGACGACAACCCUGAAGUAAAUCUAAAAGAGACUCCCUCAGUUCAACCACCACCAACAACAACCACCACAAACACUCCUCCUCCUCCACCUUCAGAUACUAAUCUUCAAUCUUCAGAUGAGACAACACCAGCAUCAGACGUGCAAAUCCCUCCAGCACCACCCUUACCUCAAUCCUAACAGCAGCCUGAGCAACCAUUAAGGACACCACAUGGAAAGGAUAUAUAUUUGAACAGGGAAUGGCAGAUGGAACUUUAAAAAAAUAGUUACGUAUUGUGAAAUGGAAAAGACAACAUGAAGCAGGUGACAUCAAUAGGACCAGAAGCUGAUGUAAUGCUCAUGAAUCAUUUCUUCAAAAACUAGCUUGAUAAUAGGAUGUAGGCUGAAUUGAUGUGCUUAGAUGUUCAAGAGUUUUGAAGCAUAUGCUGUAGUUCUUGGACAUGACAGAAGCAGGGAGUGGAAUCGAUCAAUGUUAAAAAUUCUGAGGCGAGAGAAUUAGUUGAAACACUGCAGUGGUGACUGAAGUGAGGGUGUCUGGUAUAUCAAGUGAAAUAUCGUCCACACUUAGGGAAGAGAUGAACAGAUAUGGACAGACAUGGAUACAAUGAGACAGAGAAAUACUGAGAGGUGAAGAGGGAAUGGCAAACUCAGAGAAAAAGGAAAGUGGAAAGAGUAGGAGGACUGCAGGAUGGAACCCGUUGAACAGUGAAUUACUGCAAUGCUACAGUCUCAUCAGGCAACUGUCUGCACCAUGUCAUGAAAGAGGAAUGGCAACGAACAGGAGCACAACAGGAAACCCCAAACAAGAAGCUAGAGCCUAUGUGUUAUGCACAUCCUGCCAAUUCGAUUUGGACUAAUUAAAUUCGACAACUCUGCUAUUUAGGGCUCAACUUAGUACACCAGACGUGUGAGAGGAACCAUGAUGUGUGGUCUUCACAUAAAUCCACCCAUUCAUUUAUCAGUUCCGCAAUUCAUCGGUCAGACCUCCUGUCUAUCCAUCAGAUGACAACACUCUGUUAUGCUCUGAUAAACUCAGCAUGCUGAUAACUAUUCUAUGUGAACCAUUUUGUUGUAAAUAGACAGUAAUGAGAGUAGUUUCUGUACUACUAUGCACAUCAAAGAGGGACACAACAUCAUUCAACUAUCUGUUCUUCUUCCCACUUUUCCAAUGGAGACACACUGACUGGAAACAUGCCCUGAACACCCUAAGUUCAAAUCCAUGCCUGCCAGAUGUGGGUGUCCCAACUAGUCCAGUCUUGUGAAUGUAAAGGAGAAGGCACCAAAAUAACAGUGCUACAGCCACUGCCACUCAAUUCACCAUUAAAAAAAAGAGGCUACAAGACACAGGAAAUGAAUGACAUAUCUGAUAUACAGUCAUACAGAGACAUUGAGCACAGACUUUCCUGAACACUUUCUUGAAUGAUCACAGGUCCACACGCAAGCAUGUGCCAAAUACUAACUGCAUGACAGAUGACUGCAGAAUCCUGUUGUGGCCUGCAUCAAAAAACAAGAGGACCACAGACAGAAAUUCUGCAAAGAUUUUAAGGCCACAUCUGUUUAAUUCUGUGUAUUUGUCCUAAGGGCACUUGAUAUUUGCACCUGCUGUAUACACACACACACACACACACACUCAUACACACACACACACUCAUGGUAAAUGGCUGUAUGGCCAAUUUAGUAUUCAUCUCUGUAUUUAGGGUUUGAUGGAGAGGGGAGACAGAGGAUUUAGCAAUAUGUUUUUAGCAUCUUAAAACCAGUCAUUGUAGUGCAAUCAUUUUCAAGAUAAUGCAUUUUCAUUGUUAUUUGUUGCAGUAAAUUGUCUAAUAAUAAUAAUAAUAAAAAAAGAAUGAUUACACUA